ACCAGACUUGUGAGGGACACUCUUCUGAAAGUGGAUUUUAAAGAAAAAGCAGCUGAUUGUUCCAAUGAUGAGUCAAGAUGGCUGGUUUAGCAUCAAUAAUCAGUGGUGUCGCCCUGUUUUUUGCAGGGAGGAGCUGACAAUGGUAUGAAUGAAAUCCACAGCAGCAAGAUAAUCAAUUCCAUUACUCAGCAGUAAAAAACUAGUCAAGAAGUUGCAGGAUGAAAAGAUGGCACUCCUGUUUGUACCGUCAGGCCAUCACUGCUUGCGUCGGUUCACUCGUGAGUCCCUGGCUGCCAUUGAGAGGCGGAUCGCUGAGGAACAGGCAAGCAGCGCUCAGAAAGAUAGCAAAGAGGAAAGUGAGGAGGAAAUGCCCAGUCCUCAUGCUGACCUGGAGGCAGGAAAACAGCUGCCGCUCAUCUAUGGUGAUGUCCCACCGCAUCUCAUCGGGCAGCCUUUGGAGGACUUCGAUUCCUUCUACAGCAACAAGAAGACAUUUAUAGUGAUCAACAAAGGGAAGACCAUCUUCCGUUUCAGUGCCACACCUGCAUUGUACCUACUGACUCCUUUUCACCAUGUUAGAAGGAUAGCUAUUAAAAUUUUAGUCCAUUCAUUGUUCAAUCUGUUCAUUAUGUGCACUAUUUUGACCAACUGCGUGUUCAUGACUAUGUCUGACCCGGCUCCUUGGACAAAGAAUGUCGAGUACACUUUCACUGGCAUUUACACUUUUGAAUCAAUGAUAAAAAUAUUGGCAAGAGGAUUCUGCAUUGAUGGAUUCACCUUCCUUCGAGAUCCAUGGAACUGGCUGGAUUUCAGUGUUAUUUUAAUGGCGUAUGUAACAGAAUUCGUACACCUAGGCAACGUUUCAGCUCUUCGAACUUUCAGGGUGUUGAGAGCGUUGAAAACUAUUUCAGUCAUCCCAGGCCUGAAAACCAUUGUGGGUGCACUGAUACAGUCCGUGAAGAAGCUAGCAGACGUCAUGAUCCUGACCGUGUUCUGCUUAAGUGUCUUUGCACUCAUUGGGCUUCAGCUAUUCAUGGGGAACUUGCGUCAGAAAUGUGUGCGGGAUUGGCGAGUUGUUGGCGAUGUCAUGCUGAAUGACACACAGAAUUAUACCUGGCCUUGGAACGUUACAUUUGAAGAAUUCAUUAAUGAUAAAGAGAACCACUAUUAUAUCGAGGGAAAAAAGGAUGCCUUACUCUGUGGAAACAACACAGAUGCUGGAAAGUGCCCCACACAUUUUAUAUGUUUGAAGGCUGGAAGAAACCCUGACUACAAUUACACAAGCUUUGAUAACUUUGGCUGGGCCUUCCUCUCCCUCUUUCGCCUAAUGACGCAGGACUACUGGGAGAAUCUGUAUCACCAGAUUCUGCGAACUGCCGGGAAGGCGUACAUGCUCUUCUUCGUCGUCGUCAUCUUCCUGGGCUCCUUCUAUCUCGUCAACUUGAUCCUGGCUGUUGUUGCCAUGGCGUACGAUGAGCAGAACCAGGCGACCAUCGCAGAAAACGCACAGAAAGAGAAGGAGUUUCAGCAGAUGAUGGAACAACUUCGGAAACAGCAGGAACAGGCAGAGCAGGUACUGGCCGACAAGCAAUUGACCAGAUUGGGGAACGAGACCUUGUCGAGAAGUUCCUCUGAGAGGUCGCAUUUAAGUGCAAAGAGCACCAGGGAAAGAAGCAACAGGGCCAGGAGUGGAAAAGAGCUGGGAAAAUUAGAAGAGGGGAUCGAUGAGGAUAAAGAGCUGAGAUCGGCGUCCGAAGAGGGCUUACCACAGAAGCCUCUCAUGACGCCAAUACUUUCAAACCGCCAUACACUCAGACGCAGCAGCAUAUUCCGCUUCCGGACUCACUCCGCGGACGCUGCCAUGGAGAACAUAUUUUCGGAUGAUGAGGUCAGCGUCUUCGACGACACCGAGAGUAUCAGGGAAUCCUUGUGCCUCCCUCAGCUGUACAGAACCAACAGCAACCAGAGCCAUGGGAGCCACCGAUCGGUGCCAGGCACAGCCAAUGUGCAGCUCAGUGGACGGAGGAAGUUGCACAGUGCCGUGGACCAGAAUGGCGUGGUGUCCGUGGUAGGAGGACCUCCAAUCUCGCCAAGCAGCCUCCUUCUCCCUCAAGUGACAGUGGGCAAGCCAGUCACGGAAGACAAUUCAUCCACGUCGGAGAACGAACUGAGUAAGAAACACUUGCUGACAGAUCAUCGUGCCUCCGUGGGUUACCUGGAAGAGACGCAUCAAAGGGAGAGGGCAGUCAGUGCAGCCAGUGUCCUUACCAACACCAUGGAAGAAUUUGAAGAAUCUCACUUGAAAUAUCCCCGCUGCUGGUACUACUUUUCCCAAACGUUUCUUAUCUGGACCUGCUGCCCAUUGUGGAUAAGAAUGAAGAAAAUAUUGAACUAUAUUGUGAUGGAUCCCUUCCUGGACCUAGCAAUCACCAUCUGUAUCAUACUGAACACCCUCUUCAUGGCACUGGAGCACCGGCCAAUGUCCAAGGAAUUUGAUAAUAUGCUCUAUGUGGGGAACCUGGUUUUCACUGCCAUUUUCACAGCUGAGAUGGUCUUAAAAAUCAUUGCCUUGGACCCGUACUACUACUUUCAGCAGGGCUGGAACAUAUUUGACAGCAUCAUCGUCUGCCUGAGCUUGAUCGAGCUAGGCCUAGCCAGAGUGGAUGGCCUGUCGGUGCUGCGCUCCUUCAGACUGCUCAGAGUCUUCAAACUGGCAAAAUCAUGGCCCACCCUCAACACGCUCAUUAAGAUCAUUGGUAAUUCGAUGGGUGCUUUGGGCAACUUGACCCUUGUCCUGGCCAUCAUUGUCUUCAUCUUCGCGGUGGUUGGGAUGCAACUCUUUGGCAAAAGCUACACCGACGCCGUUUGUAAGAUCUCCGUCAAAUGCCAGCUCCCUCGCUGGCACAUGUCCGACUUCUUCCACUCUUUCCUCAUCGUGUUUCGGGUCCUGUGCGGUGAGUGGAUUGAAACCAUGUGGGACUGUAUGGAGGUGGCUGGGCAGCCCCUGUGCAUCCUUGUCUUCAUGCUGGUCAUGGUGAUUGGAAACCUAGUGGUACUCAACCUCUUCCUGGCCUUACUCCUGAGUUCCUUCAGCGCAGACAACCUCAGCUCGCCAGAUGAGGAUGGGGAGAUGAACAAUAUCCAGGUGGCCUUUGCCAGGAUCCAACGUUUCAUCAAUUUUGUGAAGAGGGCCAUUGUGGAAUUCUUCCAAGGCAUCCGCGGGCAGACUGAGGCCUCGGUGGAAGGGAAAACCAUGGUGGAGCUCCCGACCUAUGUCUUCAAUCACACUGACGCCGAGGCGGCGAAAGAGUCCGAGAACAAGGAUGGGAACGGCACAGCCAGUGACGUUGGGAAUAAUGGGAUGGCAAUGGGCAGGAACAAUGAAUCUAUGGCCAAGGAUCCCAAACGGACUGAGAGUGUUCCCAUUGCAGUUAUUGAGCCGGAGUUAGAGUUCUGCGAAGAGGAGGAGCAGAGCACCUUUACAGAAGUCGCUGUUGGCGAGGAGAAGAUGGAUGACCUAACCAGUUGUUCUGAAGCAAGUACUGUGGACAUGAAGAGCAAAGGGGAUGAUGACGAGCACAUUUCAGAACAAACGGAGGAGGCUGUGGAACCAGACGAAUGCUUCACAGAAGCUUGCGUUCGCCACUUUGCCUGCUGCCAAGUGGACACCUCAACCGGAUACGGGAAGGUUUGGUGGAACCUGAGAAAAACGUGCUACAAAAUUGUGGAACACAACUGGUUCGAGACCUUCAUCAUCUUCAUGAUUCUGCUGAGCAGCGGAGCUCUGACUUUUGAAGACAUUCACAUCGAUACAAGGCCAGUGAUAAAGGUGGUGCUGGAAUACCUGGACAAGGUGUUCACUUAUGUGUUUGUGCUGGAAAUGCUCCUCAAGUGGGUGGCCUAUGGCUUCAAGAAGUAUUUCACCAAUGCCUGGUGUUGGCUGGACUUCCUUAUUGUGGCUGUCUCUGUAGUCAGCCUAACAGCUAAUGCCUUGGGAUACGCUGAACUAGCUCCCAUAAAAUCCCUUCGGACACUCAGAGCUUUGAGACCAUUAAGAGCCUUGUCACGAUUUGAAGGGAUGAGGGUGGUGGUCAAUGCACUCAUCGGUGCCAUCCCAUCCAUCAUGAAUGUUUUCUUCGUCUGUCUCAUCUUCUGGCUCAUUUUUAGCAUUAUGGGAGUCAACCUCUUCGCAGGCAAAUUCUACAAGUGUAAGAAUAUGACCAGCGGAGAGGCAUUGCCCAUCAGCGAAGUCAACAACAAGAGCGAUUGCGACUUAAUAAACAAUACGUACAUCCGAUGGCAUAAUGAGAAGGUCAACUUCGACAAUGUCGGUACAGGGUACCUUGCCCUAUUGCAGGUGGCAACAUUCAAGGGCUGGAUGAACAUAAUGUACGCAGCCGUUGAUUCACGGAACAUCGGAGAGCAGCCUGACUAUGAGACCAAUGCGUACAUGUACGUGUACUUUGUAAUCUUCAUCAUAUUCGGCUCUUUCUUCACCUUGAACCUCUUCAUUGGUGUCAUCAUUGAUAACUUCAACCAACAGAAGAAAAAGCUCGGAGGUCAGGACAUCUUCAUGACAGAGGAACAGAAGAAGUACUACAAUGCUAUGAAGAAACUGGGUUCAAAGAAACCUCAGAAACCCAUCCCAAGACCUUUGAAUAAAUUCCAAGGAUUAAUCUUUGACCUGGUUACAAAACAAGCCUUUGACAUUUUCAUCAUGAUCCUGAUCUGCCUCAACAUGGUGACAAUGAUGGUGGAGACAGAUGACAUGGAUGCAUACAUGAAAAGGAUACUCUUCAUUAUCAACAUGAUCUUCAUUGUGCUUUUCACCACCGAGUCCAUUCUCAAAAUUAUUGCCCUGAGGCAGUACUUCUUCACAAUCGGCUGGAACAUUUUUGAUUUUGUGGUGGUGAUCCUUUCUAUUAUUGGUAUUGUGCUGUCAGACGCCAUUGAGAAAUACUUUGUAUCGCCCACACUCUUCAGAGUCAUCCGGCUGGCUCGCAUUGGGCGUAUACUUCGUCUCAUAAGAGGGGCAAAGGGAAUCAGGACAUUGCUAUUUGCCUUAAUGAUGUCUCUUCCUGCCUUGUUCAACAUUGGCCUGCUCUUGUUCCUGGUCAUGUUUAUCUACGCUAUCUUUGGAAUGGCAAACUUUGCCUACGUGAAGCAGGAAGACGGCAUCGACGACAUGUUCAAUUUCCAGACCUUCGGGAACAGCAUGAUCUGCCUCUUCCAGAUUACCACCUCGGCAGGCUGGGACGGCCUCCUGAGCCCCAUCCUCAACACUGACAGCCCGGACUGUGAACCGAAAGCAGGAAACCCAGGCACCAACGUGAAAGGAAACUGCGGGAACCAAUCCGUUGGGAUUGUCUUCUUUGUCAGUUAUAUCAUUAUCUCCUUUCUGAUAGUGGUCAACAUGUACAUUGCCAUUAUCCUGGAGAACUUCAGCGUGGCGACAGAGGAAAGCUCCGAGCCCCUCAGCGAGGAUGACUUCGAGAUGUUCUAUGAAGUGUGGGAGAAGUUUGACUCCGAGGCCACGCAGUUCAUUGAGUACUCGGCACUCUCCGACUUCGCAGAUGCCCUGAAGGAGCCCCUCCGAGUGGCAAAGCCGAAUAAAGUAAAGCUCAUUGCGAUGGACCUGCCCAUGGUGAGUGGCGACAGGAUCCACUGCCUGGACAUCCUCUUCGCUUUCACCAAGCGGGUGCUGGGGGAGACAGGGGAAAUGGACGCGCUCAAACUGCAGAUGGAGGACAAGUUCAUGGCAGCCAACCCCUCGAAAAUCUCCUACGAGCCAAUCACCACGACCCUCAGGAGGAAGCAGGAAGAGGUGUCCGUCAUUGUCAUCCAGCGAGCGUACAGGAGGCACUUGCUGCGCCGGUCCUUGAAGCACGCCUCCUACAUGUAUCGGCACAGAGCCAGCGACGCAAACGUCGUCGUGGAAGAGGCCCCAGAGAAAGAAGGGCUCAUUGCAGCGAUGAUCAAAAAGCAUUACUGCCCCGAGUUAGAGCGAUCAGAGACCAUGUCCUCCUUGUCAUCUCCUCCAUCUUACAACACCGUCACUGGGGCUGUGAGUGAAAGCAUUGAAGUGCAAAUCGCUGACCCACAACCUGACCGGCAACUGGGCUCUAAGAGAGGUCUUGACAGGGAGUCCUUAGUGUAAAAAAAAGCUUUAAAAUGUCUUCUUUGCAAAAAGAAAAUGACGCAAAAGUCAUGUUGUACCCAUUAGAUGCAGAAGAUAAGAAACUCAAAUGACUUGUUUUUGCUUCAGUUCAGAGCUCAUGACAUGAUUGACAUUGGACAUUGGUUCUGACGGCUUUGCUUCAAGCUUUAUACUACAAGAGAAUUGGAGGGACUGCACAAAGCUGUGGCAGUAACAUUGAUGAUGCUGAUAAUAUACCAAGGCUGGGAGCAGAAAACAAGCUAUGGGGUUAUCACUACUCACAAUUAAGCGAUAGUGACUGAUUGUAUGCAUUUAUUUGAAAUAUCAUUAUAAUGGUGUGUCUCUUCCUGGUUAUGUAUGAUCUUGCAUUAACAAUUAUCAUAACUUCGGUAGCAAAUGUAACACUUAUUGCAUAUGUUAUGGAUCUUUCAUAAAUUUACUAUUAUAUCUGAUAUUUUUCUACUUAAGCAUAUAAUUAUCCGAUUGUGCACCAGACGUGUGAGCCGUCUACCCCUUGUCACCUCAGGCAACCACUGACGUCACCAACUCGAUUGUAUGGCUGACUCAAUGUGCCGCAUCACAUUGCAGCUCAGGUGAACAAAGUCAUUCGCAGCAAUACUCAUUGUUGUCCACAUCGAGGGCCAUGAGCAUUGAGGGUUGCCGAACAUUAACAGCUAUAGGCCGAAGGCUCAAUUGCACCCCCCCCCCACCAACCCCCCACCCCCCUCCUGAGCAACCCAGCCAAAAGCACCACUGACUGCAGACAGUCUCCAGCGGGGGGGAGUGGAGCUGGUAGGAGUGGGGAGACGUAAUAACGGCACAGACCUUAUCCCACCCUCCCAAGGAAUGGCGUCUGUUCAGAGGCGGGGGGUGGGGGGGGGGGGUGGUGAGGUGCAGCGGCAGGGUUAGAGGAAGGCAGGGGAAGGCGAAUGAUGCAGAAGAGAAAACACAAGGAGGGCGGGAACAGGAUUCUGUCUUCCACCCACCGACUGCGACAUUUAAAAAGAGUAAACCAAAAAGACAUUUGGAAAAACCUUUGACUUGUAUGGCUAAGAUAGCAGAGUAGUUAUGCAACCACCUUUAAGUUAUUCCAUAGAACGUUUCUUUUUCUCUCUGUGGAUUGCAAACAAAUGAUUUGUUGGGAACUGCAGACUUACUUGCUGCCAUCAGGAAAUGUACAUGUUCUGCGUCGCAGUGAGAAGAUUAAACGGUGUCAGAGGGAAAGGACUUGGUCACAACUUCUUUGUCCCACUCCUCCACGAUGGGGGAGUGGGGGGGGGGGAGAGACCCUUUCAAUUGCCUCACUUAUUUUCCAUUUUACUCACUAUCACGCGUUACCCACAUUACCAUAUGGAUGCUCACUCGGCAAGCACACAUUUAUGCAUGAGUUCCGCUUUAAAUGAGAAGAAGUGCUCAGGCAGGGUUGAACCCAAUCCUUCAGCUUUUCCGUGCGGCCCAGACCAUCCCCAGACCCUGGCCAGCUGGCUUCUGCAGGGAAGUGGUCGGCUUCCUGCUGCGCUGGCUGACCGUCGCUUUGAAGGCCGGGAUGGGGCCGCGGGUCGUCUGAAGGGAUCAGACUGCCCGUCGUUCGAUGUCAAUAUAGGAAAAAGCAAAGAGCGUGGAUUUUUUUUCUAGCGCCCUUCCUGUCCUCGGCAUGUCCCGGAGCUCUUCACAACCCAAGGGGGUGUUGCGGCUGUCGUAACGCAGCGGCCAAUCUGCGCACAGCAAGCUCCCACAAAAAGAGCCAAGCAAUUGGACAGGGUGUAUGCCAAGCGGUUGACCUGAGCCUGUCAGCUUCUUAGCGGACGGGCAAGUUUGGUUAAACGCCACCCCACCCCACCGCGCUCUCAGAGAAGAAUGUUUCUGAGGAGCCUCGGGAACAUUCCCUGAUGAAGCUGAUCUUACCUGGGCCUUUUCCCCCUUCCUACCUUGGCUAAGUUGACUACUAGGUAUUUUAAGAAGGUGCUGAAUGGAGGAUUGCAGUUUUCCAUGCGUGAAGGAGGGCUGGAGCGAGGGCCACGAGGGACAGCACCUCAGACCCAGCCCUCCUCCUGACUGGGUUCACAAGGAGAAAAGAAAUGUUCAAGAUCAAUAAGCAAUGUCAGUCAAAUAUAGAACUCAUUCAUUCAGAAGUAAACGUUAGCCGUGACCCCGAUUCUCUCCCUCCUUCCCGUUCCUGUGAUUUGAUUUUAUUUCUUAAUUGUUUGUGUUUCUGGAAACAAUAUUUAGAGUUUGAAAAAAAUGUGUGUUCUUCAAUAAAAGUGCUAUGUUUGAGCUC